GCGGCGACGGCGGCGGCGCUUCCGCCUCGCGGGCCCGGCGGGUGCGAGCGGCCCCGCGAUGUGGCUGAGCCCGGAGGAGGUGCUGGUGGCCAACGCGCUGUGGGUGACGGAGCGGGCGAACCCUUUCUUCGUGCUGCAGCGGCGCCGGGGCCACGGCAAGGGCGGCGGCCUCACGGGUCUUCUCGUGGGUACCCUGGACGUGGUGCUGGACUCCAGCGCUCGAGUGGCCCCUUACCGCAUCCUGCACCAGACCCAGGACUCACAGGUCUACUGGACCGUGGCAUGUGGUUCUUCCCGCAAAGAGAUCACAAAACACUGGGAAUGGCUGGAAAAUAACUUGCUCCAGACGCUGUCCAUCUUUGACAAUGAGGAAGAUAUCACCACCUUCAUCAAGGGCAAGAUACAUGGCAUCAUUGCGGAAGAGAACAAGAACCUGCAGCCCCAGGGAGACGAGGACCCCGGGAAGUUCAAGGAGGCGGAGCUAAAGAUGCGGAAGCAGUUUGGGAUGCCCGAGGGCGAGAAGCUGGUCAACUACUAUUCCUGCAGCUUCUGGAAGGGCCGAGUGCCCCGGCAGGGCUGGCUCUACCUGACAGUCAACCACCUGUGCUUCUACUCCUUCCUGCUGGGGAAGGAAGUAAGCCUCGUGGUGCAGUGGGUGGACGUCACGCGGCUGGAGAAGAAUGCUACCCUUCUCUUCCCCGAGAGCAUCCGUGUGGACACCCGUGACCAGGAGCUCUUCUUCUCCAUGUUCCUCAACAUCGGUGAGACCUUCAAGCUCAUGGAGCAGCUGGCCAACCUGGCCAUGCGGCAGCUGCUGGACAGCGAGGGCUUCCUGGAGGACAAGGCCCUGCCCAGGCCCAUCCGGCCGCACAGGAACAUCUCGGCUCUGAAGCGAGACCUGGAUGCCCGAGCCAAGAACGAGUGCUACCGGGCCACAUUCCGGCUGCCCAGGGACGAGCGGCUGGAUGGCCACACAGGCUGCACCCUGUGGACGCCGUUUAACAAGCUGCACAUCCCUGGCCAGAUGUUCAUCUCCAACAACUACAUCUGCUUUGCCAGCAAGGAGGAGGACGCGUGCCACCUCAUCAUACCCCUGAGGGAGGUGACCAUUGUUGAAAAAGCGGACAGCUCCAGUGUCCUGCCCAGCCCUCUGUCCAUUAGCACCAAAAGUAAAAUGACCUUCCUCUUUGCCAACCUGAAAGACCGCGAUUUCUUGGUUCAAAGGAUCUCUGACUUCCUCCAGAAAACGCCGUCCAAGCAGCCAGGCAGCAGCUUCGAGGGGAGGAAAGCCAGCAUUGUUGACCCAGGCCUAGAGUCUUCCCCAGCUCCUCAGGAGGUGUCAGAGCAGCCCACCGGCCUGGCCUCUCCCCUCAGCAGCCACCAGAGCUUCUGUGCACAGGCGGUGCCGACUGCUUCCCAGGGCCUGCUCCAGCUCUUCCAGGGAAGCUCGCCCGUGGAGGACCUCGGGGCCAAAGGGGCCAAGGAGAAGAUGAAAGAAGAGUCGUGGAACAUCCACUUCUUUGAGUAUGGGCGUGGCGUGUGCAUGUACCGCACUGCCAGGACGCGGGAGCUGGUCCUGAAGGGCAUCCCCGAGAGCCUCCGGGGAGAGCUGUGGCUCCUCUUCUCUGGGGCUUGGAAUGAGAUGGUGACUCACCCUGGCUACUACGCCGAGCUGGUGGAGAAGUCCACAGGGAAGUACAGCCUGGCCACGGAGGAGAUCGAGCGAGACCUCCACCGCUCCAUGCCUGAGCACCCCGCCUUCCAGAAUGAGCUGGGGAUCGCCGCGCUCCGGCGGGUGCUGACUGCCUAUGCUUUCCGGAACCCCACCAUCGGCUACUGCCAGGCCAUGAACAUCGUGACCUCGGUGCUCCUGCUCUAUGGCAGCGAGGAGGAGGCCUUCUGGCUCCUGGUGGCCCUCUGUGAGCGCAUGCUGCCUGACUACUACAACACCAGGGUGGUGGGAGCCCUGGUGGACCAGGGCAUCUUCGAAGAGCUCACAAGGGACUUCCUGCCCCAGCUCUCAGAGAAGAUGCAGGACCUGGGGGUGAUCUCCAGCAUCUCGCUGUCGUGGUUCCUGACCCUCUUCCUCAGCGUCAUGCCCUUCGAGAGCGCCGUGGUCAUUGUCGACUGCUUCUUCUAUGAGGGCAUCAGGGUGAUCCUGCAGGUGGCUCUGGCUAUCCUGGAUGCCAACAUGGAGCAGCUGCUGGGCUGCAGCGACGAGGGCGAGGCUAUGACCGUGCUGGGCAGGUACCUGGAUAACGUGGUCAACAAGCAGAGCGUCUCCCCUCCCAUCCCACACCUCCACGCCUUGCUGACCAGUGGGGAUGACCCUCCUGCAGAGGUGGACAUCUUCGAGCUUCUGAAAGUGUCCUAUGAGAAAUUCAGCAGCCUGAGGGCUGACGACAUUGAACAGAUGCGGUUUAAACAGAGGCUGAAAGUGAUCCAGUCCCUGGAGGACACGGCCAAGAGGAGCGUGGUCCGAGCUAUUCCAGUGGACAUUGGCUUCUCAAUUGAAGAGCUGGAGGACCUCUACAUGGUGUUUAAGGCCAAACACCUGGCGAGCCAGUACUGGGGGAGCAGCAGCAUGGCUGCCGUCCGCCGGGACCCCAGCCUGCCCUACCUGGAGCAGUACCGGAUCGACGCGAGCCAGUUCCAGGAUCUCUUUGCCAGCCUGACGCCCUGGGGGUGCGGCGUCCAUACACCUGUGCUGGCGGGACGCAUGUUCCGGCUUCUGGACAAAAACAAGGACUUGCUGAUCAACUUCAAGGAAUUCGUGACAGGGAUGAGUGGGAUGUAUCACGGAGACCUGACAGAGAAGCUCAAGGUGCUGUACAAGCUGCACCUUCCCCCAGCUCUGAGCCCUGAGGAAGCCGAGUCAGCCCUGGAAGCGGCCCACUAUUUCACAGAGGACAGCUCCUCAGAAGCAUCUCCUCUGGCCUCAGAUCUGGAUCUUUUCCUGCCCUGGGAGGCUCAAGAAGCACUACCGCCGGAAGAGCGAGAAGGGAGUGGAAAUGAGGAUGUCCGAGAAAAAAGAGGAGAGGAGAAGGCAACCAGCCCUCCGGACUACCGGCACUACCUUCGCAUGUGGGCCAAGGAGAAGGAGGCUCAGAAGGAGACGAUCAAGGAUCUUCCCAAGAUGAACCAGGAGCAAUUUAUCGAACUGUGUAAGACCCUUUACAACAUGUUCAGUGAAGACCCCAUGGAGCAGGACUUGUACCACGCCAUCGCCACAGUGGCCAGCCUCCUGCUCCGCAUCGGUGAGGUGGGGAAGAAGUUCUCGGGCAGGAAGCCCAGGGAUGGUGCCCACAGUGGGGACCAUGAUGCUGUCACGGAGGUUGAGCUACCAGCACCUGAGUCCCAUCAGGACCCAGCCCAAGAGCCCCAGCCACCAGCCGUGGGGGACCCCCGGGCCAAAGCUGGUGGAGACACCCACCCCGGGAAGGCGCUGCAGGAGAGCCAGGUGGUGGUCGAGGGGGGCAGCGGCGAGGGGCAGGGCUCACCCUCCCAGCUGCUGUCCGACGAUGACACCAAAGACGACAUGUCCAUGUCCUCCUACUCGGUGGUCAGCACAGGCUCCCUGCAGUGUGAGGACCUCGCAGAUGACACGGUGCUGGUGGGCGGGGAGGCCCGCAGCCCCACAGCACGCCUCGGGGGCGCCGUCGACACCGACUGGUGCAUCUCCUUCGAGCAGAUCCUGGCCUCUGUCCUGACAGAGUCCGUGCUGGUGAACUUCUUUGAGAAGAGGGUGGAUGUUGGACUCAAGAUCAAGGACCAAAAGAAAGUGGAGCGACAGUUCAGCACCUCCAGUGACCAUGAGCAGCCUGGAGUUUCGGGCUGACCUCUGUAGCUGCACAGCCCCAGCCCGAGGCCUCGCCUCCUCCUGCCCUUCCUCCCUUUCUGUUCUCUCUGUCAAGACGCCCUUCCUCUUCUCCCCGGAGCAAUGAGUUGUGAGUGGGAAGAAGGCUGAUGCAGGCACAGGUGCCUUAGAUGGAUUCCCCAGGCCUGCAUCUCCUGCUGCUCCCGAGGUCCAGGAAGAGGCUGGUGUCCCCACCCCCCUCCACCCAGUGGGAGCCCACCUGGCACCUAGCCGCCCCUGCACAGUGUUAGGGGCUCUCAGAUAUGCCCGACUUGCCUCCUGCUGCUCUGCCCCAUGCUGGUCCCCCACCCAUGGGCCGCUCUCCUGCAGCUGCAUGGUCCAGGGUCAUGUGCUUGUUGGGCACCAAAGUGAUGGAAGCUUCAGGGUACUCUCCGGGAGCCUUCCAGCCUGAGCCUCCCGACUAAGGAGCAGGCAGAAAGCAUCACAGGGCGGGUGCCACGCACAGGCAUGACAUUACGCGCUCUCUCAGCUCAUCAUCCUUACCAUUAACUUUAAAGCACAUCCCUCAGGUCCUGAUAUAUUUCCUUGGAUUCAUUUCAGUUGGCUAAAAAUGACACUGUGCUCAAAUGCCUUAAUAAAUCCCUGAAAGAAAUGAAACCCA